AGCGACGCACCUAGCUUUGAUCACCAGUAGGUUUUUUUUUCAAGGUCGCCACCGCUUUUCGCUUUCAGGCGAGCAGGAAAAUAUGAAAAAAAAUGAUUGUAUCCACGAGGAUCUGACCGGUAGCUAAGUCUGAAGACCUGUAAUAAAUAAACUGUAGUAGCAAAAAAUGCCUCACACUUGUAAAGACCCGCGACGGCAAAAUUUAAAAGAUUCUCCGUGGCCACACUUGAAAUAAUUAACUACCCCCCGUCCUCCGAGCAAUUGUUUCGCCUUUUGUAGUUCGUCCGCCCUCCUAAACAACAACAACUCAUAAUCCACCCCACGUAGCGUUGAUUUCUACUUCGUUUAUUCCAUCAGCAAAAUAACUCCCCCUCGCUUUCUGAAUCAUAGCAAAAAAGAUGCCGUCCGGCUAUCAGAAGCAGGUGCUGAUGGUGGCGGAGAAGCCGUCCAUUGCGGAAGCCUUAGCCAAUGCCCUCGCGGAGAACAAAUCGAAGAUCACAAAAUCGAAACGAACCAGCCCGGUGUCGCCCAUCUUGGAAUUCGAGGGCUAUUUUCCCUUCAUCAAGAAGGGCCAGGAAAAGGUGUGGAUCAAAAUCACUUCGGCCGCGGGACACGUGUACAAGCGGGAGUUUACCAAGGAGUACUUGGACCGCAGGCAGCACCCGCCCAUCGUCCUCUUCGAUGCCACCACGGAGCACUUGGAGGCCAACGGCAAGGCGCGCAUGUAUUGACAGGAAAAAUCCCCCCUCCCCAUAUGGAAAAGGUAUGUCUCCAAAAAUUUGUAUUGCGGAUUUGAGGCCACAAAUCACGUUUGUGUUGCAAGAAGACAAGGGCAGCAGCUCCCAUCCCAUUAUGGAGGCGGUUUGUCAUGCUGUUGGGCCCAAAGGGGGGCCGUUUGCCAUGCUGAACUACUAGACCCAUACGCCCCUACCUAGCCUGGGGAUCUGGCCGCAGUGCCUCUCUGCAAUACAAAGCUGAUUUGUGGCCACAAAUCAGCAUCACAGUUUUCCGUUUUCAUAUGGGGAGGGGAGAUUUUUCAUUUUGAUAGCAUGCCGGCCCACUUCAAGCAGGAGGCGAAAGACUGCAGCUACCUCGUGCUUUGGCUGGACUGCGAUCGCGAGGGAGAGAACAUCUGCUUCGAGGUGAUGCGGUCCGCGGUCAACAUGGCGGAGGACGAAAACAGCCGGCUGAUUCCGAAGAAGCGGGUCCUGCGCGCGAUCUUCUCGGCGUUGGACGAAAAAUCGCUGCAAGAAGCGUAUUGGGGCCUUUCCGGCGACGGGCCCAACAAAAACGAGUCGGACGCGGUGGAGGCGCGGCAGGAACUGGACCUGAAAAUUAUUGUGAGGAAAAUUCCCCCCUCCCCAUAUCGAAAAGGCGCGCUUUUCAAAAUUUGUGAUGCUGAUUUGUGGUCACAAAUCGAGUCUGUCUUGCACGAGGGCAAAGCCCGAGCCUCCGCCGCAAUUCGCCGGCGAUUUGUAGUGCUGCUGCGCCAAUGGGGCAGACGUCUGCCAUGCUAAGCGCUGAUCUCAAGCCACCCCUUUCCGGGCUUUGCAUCUGCCUGCAGUGCUCUACUGCAAGACAGAGCUGACCUGUGUACGCAGAUACAGCAUCACAGACUUCCCUUUCGAUAUGGGGCGGGGGGAUUUUUCAUUUUGAUAAAAAUCGGGUGCGCGUGGACGCGGUUCCAGUCCCAGUUCUUCGCCGGACGAUAUCGGGAUUUGGACGCGCAACUAAUCAGUUACGGACCCUGUCAGACCCCAACCUUGUGGUAAGCAUGAAGUGAGAUCAGUUUGAAACUGGAAGAACUUUGGAAGGCGAAAGAGCGGUGUGCCGUUUUUCUUUCGCGCCGUCCAUAAUAAGUACAGAGCGCGCAUCAACAGCAGUCGGCGCUUGCGUUUUUUUCGCCGGGCCGGGAACCCCUAGAAAAGCGCACUGCUUUAGUCCCGUCGACGCGCACUGCGUAUUUAUUAGUCCUUGGGUGCGCACUACUUAAGCCCAUCUCGCACUACUUAAGUCCAUGUUCGCGCACUACUUAAGCCUUUUGCGCACUGCUUAAGUCUUUCGCGCAUUACUUAAGCCUUUCGCGCACUGCUUAAGUCUUUCGCGCACUACUUAAGCAUUUCGCGCACUGGCUCAGCCCUUCGCGCACUGCUUAAGUCUUUCGCGCACGACUUAAGCCCGCCUUCGCGCAGUAUUUAGACCCCCCGCGCACUACUUAAGCGCUGCGCCCACAGCUUGACUCGUUUUGUCUUCUUUGCUUCUCGCAAAAGCAUGAAGGAAGAUCUUGUUUCGCAUGACAACAAUAAAGUUUCGAUCAAAACGACCCAGGUUCUGCGUCCAGCGGCACGACCAGAUAAAGAGCUUCAAGCCGGAGAAAUUCUACCACCUGAGCCUGAAAAUCAAGGUCCAGUCGCUGUUCGAAAAGAUGAUACUGAAGCAGAAGCAGAUUGACCCGCAGAAGCGAACGCCGAAGAGCAUCGCGCUGUUUAACAAGUACGAGUUUUUCAAGCAGCAAAACCCGCAGAUCAACCGAACGGGCAUGCAGGGGGUGGUGAAGGACGAAACAAUAGAUAUCCUCAGCAAAAACGUCCCCAAGACCCCAGAGUUGUCAUGCAGAUGUACAAUUACAGAAAACGUUUGUAAUGCGCAGCUCCAUGAUGAGUAGAGGCAUUUCCGGUCGUGUUUUUGAAUUUGAAUGCUGUAAACAGGAUGAGAAAAUAGCUUUCGUGUGCGGCUUCCCCCGCCAACCAGCACUACACUGCAGAGCAGGAAGACUUGUCAUGCACAGCUCCCAAAACUUGGAGACUUGUGAUGCUAGAUUCCCAAGUAGAACUUGGCUAUUGAUUGGGUGGGGACGUUUUUACAUAUGAUAAUCGAUUUGGAGUGGACGAAGGGCCCGCUGUUUUCCGCCGAAGUGGUUCAGGGGUUCAAAUCCAUGCUCGUGAAAAACUUCGUCUCCUCCGCCCACGUAUCAAAUGCAAAAAUGUCUGGGUCUGGAAACGUGUAGUGCUGCGUUGGGAAUAGUGAAUGCUCUGUAAUGCACAGCCAAGCAUGAGAAAUAUCUGCGCUUCUUUGUGUUGCGUUUUUCGCAUGACAGGCUGCGUCUUUGCAUCACAGGCAAAAGGGUCUCUUCUUGGACACGCAUCACAAGCUUUUUGGUCAUGCCAGACAAGCAUGACAAACGUGCAUUCUUCCAGACCCAGACAUUUUUACAUUUGAUACCACGCGGGUGUCCCCCGCGGGAGCGUCACGAGUGGGGGCAGUAGCUCUUCCACCAGCAGUUGUGCCUCCAGCACGACAAAGUCCCUGCAGUUAGAAGUGACCACCUGCAGUCGCAAAGAGGGCGUGCAGCAGCGACCACUCGGGAUGAACACGGUCACGAUGUUGAAGCUCGCCUCGAGUUUACUGAACAUCGGCUAUCAAACGCAAAUUUCAAUCUGGGUCUGGAAUGUUGUGAUGCAAGUCUGUGAAUGGCAGUGACCUCCACGGGGCGCACUGCAACGUGGAGCCAAGCAGAAAGAGAAGUUUAUGACGUGCGUAUGUGUUUCGUUUUCAUCCGCAUGGCAAGCUGAUGUUUUUGCAUGACGGGCAAGAAGGCGUGCCCUUAUUUUAUUUCUGCUUGUUUUUAUGCAACACAGAUUCAAGACGAGUCAUGCCAGACAAGCAUGACAAACGUGCAUUCUCCCAGGCCCAAAUACAUUUGCAAUGCAUAUCGGCCCACACGAAGCGAUGCGGGAGGCGGAGACGCUGUUAUCAAAUGUAAAAAUGUCUGGGUCUGGAAGAUUUCUAGAUUUGUCAUGCAUAUUUUCCAUGACCCACGAUGUCUGUGAUGCAUGCCGUAGCAUCGCAGAUUUUUGGAGCGCUUUGUGAUACCUCUACCGCAUGAGAAAUGCCCUCUCCGCGUAGCACAAACUAGAGUCCUCUUGCUCGUCAUGCAAUACAAAUUUUUUCAGAAUCCAGAGACAGCAUCACAAGUUUAGAAUGUUCCAGACCCAGACACUUUUGCAUUUGAUAGCUGUAUCUCCGGGGCUAUUUGACCUACCCGCGAACGGAGACCACCGCGUACCCCAAAACCUUCGACUUCGAUUCCCUCAUCCAGCGACAGGCCAACAGCACCCUCCCCUGGGCGCCACAGGCGAAGCUGUUGCAGAGGCAGAAACCGCGGAAGGGCGUGGACGCGGGGGACCAUCCGCCGAUCACGCCAACUUUGCAGGUGCCGCGGAGCGUGGACGAGUUCGGAUCGAAAUCCACCUGGAGAUUGUACGAUCUGAUCACAAGAAACUUCCUGGCGUCCGUGUCUACCGAUUUGGUCUUCGAAGUGCGAAAGUGGGGGCUGACUUUGUCCAACCCGGAGCAGCUGGGGCAGAACCCGAGAAACCAUGUUGUCGGAACUACGCCGGGGCAGAAUGUGCAGCACCAAACGCGGAUCGACAAGAACGAAUACGAACCGGUGACGUACCAGUUUGCGAUUUCGGAGCGGAAUCUGAUCGACGCCGGGUUCCAGCGUUUGCUGGUGAAUAACUUCGACGAAGAGAAUUACAAGCACCAGUUUCACAGUGGGACGCCGUACGGGAUCGGGGAACUGCUCGAACUUUACGAGACCAUCCACUUGAAGUACGAGGUGGAGAAGGACGACGAGCAGUUUUUCAAGUCCAACAAACGAAUGAUCCAAAACGACUGUGUUUUGGACUCAAAAGAGAUGGAAACCAGUCCGCCGGAGUACCUCAGCGAAUCAGACCUGCUCGCCUUGAUGGAUGCAAAUGGGAUCGGUAUAGAAUAAUCUAGAUAGCUUUUCAGCAUGCGAAAGUGUUUUUGUCAUGCUGUGACUGACGCACGUUGCACUUUUGAUUCUGGAAUGAACAUCCACCAAAUUAUAUUCACUCCAGGCACCGACGCAUCGAUGGCCACCCACAUCCAGACCAUCGGUGACAGAAAUUACGUGGAGAUUACCGGGGGAAGGCGGCUGAUUCCGACGAAAUUGGGCAUAGCGCUGGUUCACGGCUAUUCGCUAGUGGACAACGAGCUCUGCGUGCCUAGGCUGCGGCAAGACAUGGAGGCGAGCUGCACGGCGAUUGCAAAAGGGGAAGCGUCGAAAAAACAGGUAGAGAACAAGGACUACUUUUCAUGUUGAUACGACAAUUUUUUUUGUUGGUACCAAGAACAAGAAAGGUUCUCCCCGUGAAGAUGCAAACCUGCACGACAUUCCAGAAGAUAAUUCGAUCUAGCAGCGCAAGCUUCUGCAUCAAUCACAAUCACACCCCACCGCAUAGGUCGUGCGCCACACUUUGGAAACGUUCAAGGCGAAGUUUGAUUUUUUCGAAAAGCACAUUUCCUUCAUGGACCAGCUGUUCCAAAAAGAAUACGAGUUCGUUGGCGCGGCGGGGGGUUUGCUGGGCGGCAGCAACGCAACCUCGACCAUGAACAGUCUGAAUAACAAGGGCAAGGGGAAAAACGACACGGGGCCCAGCAUCGACGAAUUGCGCGAAUUGCAGAGGCUCGGUCUCGGCAAGGGCGAUUUCCAGCACAAGCUGGAUAAAGCGAAUGGGAAAGGUAGUAGGGUUUUUUUUUGUACAAAGAAUAAAUUCCGAUAUAAUUCUUGCACCGCUACACUCAUAGAAUUACGUUUUGGUCGUGCCAUUACAACACAUCAUUAAAACCACCCAAAAAAAAUCGGACCUCCCCACUCCUAGGCGGCAAAGGCAGCAAGAAGGGCAAGGGGAAGAAGGGCAAGGACCGCGACGACGAAGAUGGUGGGAGGAAAGGCAAGGGAAAACGCGACCGGGACGACGAUUACGUGCCGCCAGACGAGCAGUGCUACAUCGCGUCAAACCAGAAAUUAUGCAUUGCAAAUAUGUCUGGACGUCUGGAAACCUGUGAUGCGAGGAAGGGACUAUUGAGCACACUGUAAUGCGCUGCCAAGCAUGCCAAAUAUUUCGGCGCUUCUGAGUUGCGUACUCCGCAUGAGAAGCUGCGUUUUUGCAUGACAGCCAAGAGAAGCUCUACUUUGUGGCCACGCAAUACAGAGCUCGGAGUCAUACCAGACUAGCACGACAAAGCUCGCAAUCUCCCAGACAUCCAGGGAUAUUUGCAUUUGAUAGAAAUCGGACCCGGGUUUGGGGAUUGUGGUUGUCUCCGCCAAGGAGAAAAAAGCGAAAGAGCUGGAAAAGAAGUUGAAGGAAAUCGACCGGUUAGAGGAUUCUGUUCUCGCGGAGGGGAAGGUGUUAGACGCGGCGCAAAAGAAAAAAGUCGCCAUGCGGGGAGAAUUGGAAGAGGAACUGCGGAAGGUGUUGGGGAAAUUCAGCGGGUGAAUAUAAAGGAAAGCCGCGCUCUUUUUGCCAUGCCGAAGUUGACGAACGACUGUAACUACUUACGCGAAAUUAUCAUGGGUUGUAUGUUUCACCGAUAAGAUGAAAUCAGGUUUUUUCAGUUCAAUGCGACAAUACUAGUAAGUAAGUACCAGCAUCCUCGAGAGCGGUUCUUACUCAGGGAAAGACGUUGGAAAAAUGAAAUCACGGCAGAGGAGUGAUUCUCUUACUUUCAUCAGAGGCAAGUGCUUCUAGAGACGCUUGCAAUUUUCGACUUUCAGCUUUUAGCUAUCUUUACUAUGUUUGAACAAUUAUCGCGAAAGGAAGCUGCCACAGUGUGGGCUUUUCAUCAACAUUUUAACAUCAUCAUGCGAGAAAAUGUACACGGAUUCGAAACCGAAUCAGAUUUUCUAGAAAAUUUCGAAGAAACGCAAUAAACGACGGUAAUACCGGCGGACCGCACAUCAU